AUGUCUGAGGAUCCUACCACCUUUUUGCUCAAGGAGCUGCAUAGCACAACCCCCAAAACCGGUCAGCUAGAACCAUCCACCACAUCGCCCAAUGAUCAUGAAAAUGAUGAAAAUGCUCUUGCGCUUGCCUUAUGGAAAGAUUGCCCACCCCCUCAUGCUAUUGACUCUGACUCCAGUCCACAAGUUCCAUCCAAAAGACCACAUGAUGAUAAUAAUCCUGAAGGUCUGCCCUCGCGUAAAGUUCAAGUGGUCUAUAAAAAUCUUAAUCUGCCAACCACAGUUGUGUCCCGAACGGAGGCCACACCACAGCCACCACAGAGUGCAGAGCAAGCCACAUUGCCAGGCACAAUUGCAAGCAACAAGUCCAUUACAUGGCAGCCUAUUAAUCCUAUUCCAAAUCCUCAACUUCAAUUGCAACCUCAACCUCAACCUCAACUUCCACUGCAACAGCAACAGCAACAGCAACCACAGCCUCAACCGCAACCACAACCACAACUGCAACCACAACCAAACAGCCAAGUUCUACCCUGGAUGAAUGGAGCUCAAGGCAGGGCUAAUUUAUUGGCAACCAUGAGUGCAUAUUCAACUAUCUAUGCAACCACAGGUGUUGGGAAACAUGCGGGCCAAGUUGCAAUCCCCUAUAAUCAAGGUGGCUUCUACCCUGUUCCAUACCAUCCUUAUGGUGUCUACUCAAGUUCUAAUAAAACUAAGUGA